ACAUCGUCGGCGACCCAUAAAGCACCCGACCCGACCCGAACCAUUAAACCGCUCUUCAUAAAUCACCCAAAAGGAAAUGCUUCAGCAUCACUAAUCACUAUCCCGCCCGCUGCCCCCUUCUCUCUUUCUCUCUCUCAACAGUGAGUUCGCCAUGGCAUUUCCUUACUUGGAAGCAGUUGUCGGUAUUUGCUGGGAGUCUUUUCAGUUUGGUUAGAGAUUUUUAUGUCAAUAUCGGGAUAAAUGUGAGAUUCAGGGAAUUUCAAGUUCUGGAGGAGUCCAAUUUCUUAAAAUUUGGGUAUUAUUGAAUGAAACAAACCCAAAUGGAAUAGAGUUGGUUAUGGACCCAUAUACUGACUCCAGCUCUUUUGGGAUUAAGACGUGAUGGUAGUAGUUGUUCUAAAGUAUCCUCCGUUUCUACCAGUACUUUGAGUUUUUGAUUGGUAAGCUUUGGUCCGAGUACUUUCUAGACGCGAUGAAGCUAUUGAUAUGCUUCUGUGAAAAGGUAUGACGAUGCUGUUGGUAUAAGGUGCGGAAACUUCACUAUCGAAGAAAAUGGAACUAUAUGGAUUAUGUAUGUAACCCAAUUGUGUUAUAAUUAGGAUAAAAUCUCAUAAAAACACAUCUUGAAAAUUUAUCCCCCCCAAAAAAGAAAUCUUGAUCAUGGGUUAGUCAUGCUGUUAAAAAGAGAAAGGAAAGGACUACAGUGCAAACAGUGGUUUCAUGAUACUAAUGUACAUAUUUGAGUCAUACCUUGAUGUACGGCAGCAUGCUGCUCAUAAAUUGCCAACACUCCCCAAACCUUUGGUGGGAGUUAUCAGCCAGGAAAAAUUUGAGAAGUCCCGUGCUUAUAGUCUAGACAAAAGUUACUUCCAUUUUAUCCACGAGUUUGUUACCAUACUUAUGGACUCUUCCAUCUUGUACUUCCGGAUAUUGCCCUGGUUUUGGAAGAGAUCCGGAGAGUUUUUGGUAUACCUUGGUCUCAAUGCAGAGAAUGAAAUAUUUCACACACUCUCAUUUUUAGCAGGAGUUAUGGUUUGGUCACAGAUCACUGAUUUGCCAUUUUCGUUGUAUUCAACCUUUGUGAUCGAGGCCCGCCAUGGGUUCAACAAGCAAACAAUGUGGUUAUACUUCAGGGACAUGAUAAAAGGAAUUGCUUUAUCGAUUGUGAUUGGUCCUCCCAUUGUGGCUGCCAUUAUUGUUAUAGUACAGAAAGGAGGUCCUUACUUGGCAAUUUACUUAUGGGGAUUUAUGCUGAUUUUGUCUCUUGUUAUGAUGACUAUCUACCCAGUACUAAUUGCUCCACUUUUCAACAAGUUCACUCCGCUUCCACAGGGAGAGCUUAGGUUGAAGAUUGAGAAUCUUGCAUCCUCACUCAAAUUUCCCCUAAAGAAAUUGUUUGUUGUUGAUGGGUCCACAAGGUCAAGCCAUAGCAAUGCAUACAUGUAUGGAUUCUUCAAGAACAAGCGCAUUGUCCUAUAUGAUACACUCAUCCAGCAGUGCAAGAAUGAUGAGGAAAUAGUUGCUGUUAUUGCACACGAGCUUGGUCACUGGAAACUUAAUCACACAAUGUACUCCUUCAUUGCUGUUCAGAUUCUCACGUUCUUGCAGUUUGGCGGAUACACUCUUGUUAGGAAUUCAAAGGAUUUGUUUCAAAGUUUUGGGUUUGAUACACAACCAGUUCUCAUUGGACUCAUCAUAUUUCAGCACACUGUGAUACCUCUCCAGCACCUUGUGAGCUUUGGCCUUAAUCUUGUAAGCCGCGCCUUUGAGUUCCAGGCUGAUGCAUUUGCAAAGAAACUGGGUUAUGCUACACCUCUUCGAGCUGGUCUUGUGAAACUGCAGGAAGAAAACUUGUCCGCUAUGAACACAGAUCCUUGGUAUUCAGCCUAUCAUUAUUCUCACCCUCCCCUAGUUGAAAGAUUGGCUGCCAUUGAUGAAUCUGAUAAGAAGACGGAGUGACACAUUCAUGGGAGUUUCACUGUUCAAUGUAGAUCUCGUUCUUUACUGUACACUGCACAUCUGAAAGCAUAGAUAUUAUAUACUUGCAAUGUCAUCCAUGUGGUUUACAUUAGUGGAAAACUUUGGCUAGGUCGAAAAUUUACUCCUAACCAUACAUUGGCAAUUCUAGCUUUCUGGGAGAUGUAGUCACAGCUUGAAAGAACUCGGGCGGAUCACACUUGUAGCUAUUUAGCAAUGGCACUUGGUGCAACAGUUUACAGUGGGUCAUUUAUCAGUUCUGGCAUC